GGGCAGGUAACCGGCUAGGUGCCCGCGGGAUCAUGGACGGGCUCCUGCUCGGCGCGCGGGCGUUACCUGUGGCGAGUCUCCGCAGCAGCUCCAUGCAAGUCCUGAGCCUCCUGUGGCUGGGGGGCAUUGCAAAGGCAGGUCGAGAGCACCUCCUCGGGCAGCCCUCUGGAGUGCUCACAUGCCAGGUCACUGAGCCCUUUCUGGUGCUUUUUCUCUCUGCUUCCCCGCUCCAGGGACUCUCGCCCAAUACCCCCUUUCUCUUUCUCUCUCUUUUUUUCUCUCUCUUGCAGACCCUUCAGUUGUGCUGCCUCUGUUGCCUGUCCUUUGCAGCAGCUUUAACCAGUGACAGCAGCAGCAGCCACGGACUGAAUCAUGAUUACGUAUUUGUAACUCCUGUCGAAGUGGAUUCCAAUGGAUCAUACAUUUCACAUGGUGUUUUGCACAGUAUUAGGAAAAAGAGAUCAACUCAAAGUUCAAAGAGUUCCUUGCACUACAGAUUUUCAGCAUUUGGACAGGAACUGCACUUAGAACUUAAACCUUCUACCAUAUUUAGCAAUAACUUUAUUGUCCAGGUACUUGGGAAAGAUGGAAUCACAGAGUCUCAGGAACGUGAAGUUGAGCAAUGUUUCUAUCAGGGAUUUAUAAGGAAUGAUACCACCUCUUCAGUAGCAAUAUCUACGUGUCUAGGCUUGUCAGGUUUGAUAAGGAUGCAGGAGAAUGAAUUCCUUAUAACUCCAUUACCUCAGCACCUAGCACAGGAACACAACUACACAUCACCCAUUGGACAUCAUCCUCAUGUAUUAUACAAACGGACAGCUGAGGAGAAAGUGCACCGGUAUAAAGUAGAUUCCAAUUUCAAUCACUUUUCCCUUGAUCAUCACAGAAAUCACACACACCACAAGUAUCAUGAUCAGUCGAAUGAUUACCACCAUGGAAGGUUUCAAAAGCAGCAUUUUUGUGGACGUCGAAAGAAAUACACACCUAAGCCACCCACAGAGGAUACAUACAUUCUAUCGGAUGAAUAUGGAAGUUCAGCACGAUUUAAAAGAUCGGCUGUUAAAGCUCAGAAAAGUGGAAGUCUGAAUGUUGAAACACUUGUUGUGGCAGAUAAAAAAAUGUUGGAAAAGCAUGGCAAGGACAAUGUAACCACCUAUAUCUUAACAGUUAUGAACAUGGUUUCUAGUCUUUUUAAAGAUGGAACAAUAGGAAGUGACAUAAACAUCAUUGUUGUGAGUCUUCUUCUUCUGGAACAAGAGCCUGGUGGAUUAAUGAUCAACCAUCACGCGGACCAGUCAUUAAAUAGCUUUUGUCAGUGGCAAUCUGCUUUGGUUGGAAAGAAUGGAAAGCGACACGACCAUGCCAUCUUGCUUACAGGAUUUGAUAUCUGCUCUUGGAAAAAUGAACCCUGUGACACUUUAGGCUUUGCUCCUAUUAGUGGCAUGUGCAGUAAAUACCGCAGCUGUACCAUCAAUGAAGAUACAGGACUUGGCUUGGCUUUUACUAUUGCCCAUGAAUCUGGACACAACUUUGGCAUGAUUCAUGAUGGAGAAGGAAAUCCCUGUAGAAAAGCCGAAGGUAACAUUAUGUCUCCCACGCUUACAGGAAACAAUGGUGUGUUUUCCUGGUCUGUAUGCAGCAGGCAGUAUCUCAAUAAAUUCCUCAGCACAGCUCAAGCUGCUUGCCUGAUUGAUGAACCGAAACAAACAGGACAAUAUAAAUACCCUGAUAAACUUCCAGGGCAGAUCUAUGAUGCAGAUACCCAGUGCAAAUGGCAAUUUGGAAUGAAAGCCAAACUAUGCAGCCUCAGUUUUGUGAAGGAUAUAUGCAAAUCACUCUGGUGUCAUAAAGUAGGUCAUAGAUGUGAAACAAAGUUCAUGCCAGCAGCAGAAGGAACAGCUUGUGGCGUAAGUAUGUGGUGUCGAAGAGGUCAGUGUGUCCGAUAUGGAGAUCAUGGACCCAAGCCUGUUAAUGGCCAGUGGGCUGCGUGGUCGGAGUGGUCCAAGUGUUCUCGGACCUGUGGAGGUGGAGUUACCUAUCAAGAGAGACACUGCAAUAACCCAAAGCCACAGUAUGGUGGCAAGUUCUGUCAGGGCUCCAGUCGUACUUAUCAGCUUUGCAAUAUUCAGACAUGUCCACCCAAUAGUCUGGAUUUCCGGGCCCAGCAGUGUGCAGAAUUUAACAGCAAGCCUUUCCGUGGGUGGUACUACAGUUGGAAGCCCUAUACUAAAGUUGAAGAAGACGAUAGAUGUAAAUUGUACUGCACCGCUGAAGAUUUUGACUUUUUCUUUGCCAUGUCCAGCAAAGUGAAAGAUGGAACCUUAUGCUCCCAGAACAAAUAUGAUGUUUGUAUUGAUGGAAUUUGUGAACAAGUAGGGUGUGAUCGUGGACUAGGUUCAAAAGCAGCUUUGGAUGCCUGUGGUGUUUGUAAAGGAGAUAACUCAACGUGCACAUUUUUUAGAGGCCAAUACUUGAUCCAGCACAAAGCUAAUGACUAUUAUCCAGUGGUCACCAUUCCAGCAGGAGCACGUAGUAUUGAAAUCCAGGAAAUGAACCUCUCCACGAGCUAUCUUGCAGUGCGCAACCUGAAUAAGAAGUAUUAUCUAACAGGGGACUGGACAAUUGACUGGCCGGGAAAGUUCUCCUUUGCUGGGACAAUUUUUGAUUAUCAGCGCUCUUUUAAUCAUCCAGAGAGACUAUAUGCAGCAGGGCCAACGAAUGAGACCUUAGUCUUUGAAAUCCUGUUACAAGGCAAAAAUCCAGGUAUUGUUUGGGAAUAUACAUUCCCCAAGAUCAUCAAUGAGAACAAGACAUCCGUCAAAAGACCUAGCUACUCCUGGAUGACAGUGCAGUCAGACUGCUCAGCUUCCUGUGGUGGGGGGUACAUUACAGCAAAAGCUAUUUGUUUACAAGAUCAUCGUAUACGAGUUAAUUCCUCCUUCUGUGGCCCGAGAACAAAGCCUUUACCCGAAAUAAAACUAUGCAAUGCUAAUCCCUGCCCAGCAUACUGGUCGACAGGUGAAUGGAGUGUAUGCAGCAAGUCUUGUGGUGGAGGGCAACAAAGUCGCCAAAUUCAGUGUGUCCAGAAAAAGACUUUUCAAAAGGAAGAUGUGGUAGCACAUUCUCUUUGUCCAGUCAGCACGCCAGCCCAAGUACAGAUAUGUAAUCCUCAACACUGCCCACCUGAAUGGAAUCCUGGACCAUGGUCUCAGUGUUCCAAGACUUGUGGGAGAGGCAUUAAGAAACGGGAUGUCCACUGCAAAGGCACCAGCCUUUCCAAGCUAAAAGUCUUACCAGAAAGUAUGUGCAGCAGAGAGCCCAAGCCAGAAUCUCAGCAGCCCUGUGUACUCGGACGAUGCCCCAGAAAUGAUCGGCUCCUGUGGGUGGUUUCUUCUUGGACUGAGUGGUCAGCAUCCUGUGGUCCAGGAAUUAAAAAGCGGGAAAUGAAGUGCAGUGAAAAAAGCAUCCACGGAAAAUGGAUCCCCUUCCCUCAGCGUAGAUGUCGGAACAUAAAGAAACCAAACUUAGAACUAGAAGAAGCAUGUAACAAAGGCCCUUGUCCAUUGCAGAGGUUAUACCGCAUGGUGUCUGAAUGGGACUCAUCACCCUGGCAACAGUGUACAGUAACGUGUGGUGGGGGGGUGCAAAUCCGUAGCGUGCAGUGCCUCCGGCAAGGACAGCCAGCAACUGGGUGCCUACCACAUCAGAAACCAGUGAUGUCAAGAGCUUGCAACACUAACUUUUGCCCGGCUCCAGAGAGAAAAGAUGAUCCCUCUUGUCUGGAUUUCUUCCCGUGGUGUCAUCUGGUCCCCCAGCAUGGUGUCUGCAACCACAAAUUUUAUGGCAAACAGUGCUGUAAAUCAUGCACAAGGAAGAACUGAUCACAAUAUUUUACUGCAACCCUACAAUGACAGGAUUCUCCCUUUUGGUUUACAAUGAAAUUCAGUUGACUUCAAGGCAGGAUCUGAUGCCACAUAAACCACUGACGGAAGAGAAACGUACGAUGGAGUAGCUUUCUAGGGGACUAUCCGAGGUACAGUAAUUGUUAGAUUAAAAAGUGAUCGAGGACUGGCUAUUUUUUUUGUUUUGUUUUGUUUUGUUGACCUCCCUAAAGUUUGAGGUACUAGGGAUCACUUGAACACUACCAAGCAAGGGGCAGUUCUUCCCAUUGCUCUUUAAAUAUGUCAUUUUGCACUGUCAUAUGUGAUAAGAAAGAAAAUAAGGUCAGCAACGCUCAUCCGAAUAAUUUAUCAGAAUAUGGGCAAAAGAGAUGGUAAAUUCUGUGUCAGCAGUAUCUCAGUCUAUCAUCAUUGGUCUUCAGUAUUUGUUAUAUUGUCUGUUCAAAGUAAAGAGGAGGUUUGCUACAGUUCUCAUGAGAGAGAUGUCCAUAUGGCUGUUGCUUGGAGCAUGCAGUGACACGCCUAUCACAGAUGUUAUGACCACAAUAAGUAAAUAGUGCACUACAAAGAUAAAUGGUGCUUCUGCAUUACACUUGCUGCUGGAAAAGCAAGUAUGGCAUCAUGCUAAUGUUUUUAUUGUUUUGAAAAUUUUCACUUUCUACUUAGUGUAGAAACUCAGAGGUGGUUAACUAGCAACUUGAAAUGUAUUCCUAGAAAUAUUCAGCCGGUAGAAAUAUGUGGAACUUUUAAUAUUGCCGUGUAAUAUAAAUAAAAUGGAAUUUCACAUUUUGACUAACUCAAGGAACUCAAAGAUUUAUUGUGCUCAAUGGUUAUAUCAUUUUCAUUCUAAGCAUGUUAGGUAAGUUAUUUAAAAGUUUAAACUUAAUUUUUUUUCAAUAAUAAAACUUCAAAAUAUGUUUCUCCAAAGUUAAAUUGCUUGAAUGCUACUAUGGUGAAGAAUAAUUUAUUUUUAUGUAAACUUUCUCUGCAAAUUUUGGUUCACAGGUAGCAAAAAAGAAAUAGCAAGAAUAUGUUUAUCUGUUAAGUCACACAGAUGCCUCAGAAUGGCUAAAUAUCGAUAAAUGAAAUAUCAAGUAGAAAAAAUAGUAGUGCCAUCAGAAAAAUCAAAUUCAAUUAUAUUUUAGACUAUCAUAAUCCUCAAAAUAUACUUUUUUAGAUUAGUCUCCUUUAACAUUUUAGAGCACUCUCAAUGAUAUUUGUAGUCAUUUCAAUAUCCAGAAGUCAGUAGAUGUCAUAUAUUAAAUGCUAUCUUUAAAAUGUUUCUGCAUUGGAAAAAGAAAACCAAUCUGUUUGCCAAAACCAUUGUAACUGAAAUAGGAUUGUGUCCUACUGUAAUUUUCUGGGGAGUGGCUAUAAGGGACCUAUUUAUCUAAUUCCACCCAAUCCCACAACUUCUUUUGAUGAAUGUAGCUCAAUUUUACUGCUUUUUAAAGUAUCAUUUCAAACUAGGAUUAGCCAUCUCAGCACUAAUGCCAGACAGUGGUCAGCUAAAAUUAGCAGUUCCUUUUGCAACAAUUUAAAUGAAAAACAUGUAUUCUCUGAUACUUUAAGAAAUGUUGAUUGGAAACAUAUCUCAAUCAACUAGGCUCUGUCUUGAUAUUGGACUUUGUAUAAUUAUAACUUUUUUCUUGGAAAACUGCAAGUUUUUUUUAUUUUGUUUUUAUAAUUGUGUCCUUUUAUUAUUUGAUGUAAAAUAAUUAAUUUAUUAAUGCAUAGCUUUUCCUUUAUAUUUCAUCAUUUACUUCCUUAAGUAAGUGACAACAGUUCAAAAGAGAAAAUGACAGUGCCACGAAAUAUGGAUUAUGGUGUAAAAAACAAGAAUAUAAGUGUAAUAUUUAAUUAUUUUAUAAGUUUUAUAAUAAAGUACUCUAACUGUUUCACUAUAUUUGGAUUUGUAAAAUUCUUGAAUAA